UGGCUCCUUGGCAGCGGCUCCGCGUGGGAAACGCCACCCGCGUCCGAGGCGCGGGCACGGAGGCGGCGUGGUGCGCGCUCCCGAGCCGGAGUGCAGUCAGACGCAGCGAGAGGAAGCGAGAAGCUGCACGAGUCAGGAGGGUGUCGAUGCAGUGCCAUGCCGACAUCGCGCUGGCGAUUGCCGAGGAGCUCCUCCCGUCGGCGACUUAGAUCAGCGGAGGACACCCGGGCGCGGCAGGUAAGAAGACGGCAGGGCAGACAUCGUGGAUCACACACACGCCGCUGUAAUGCAGCAAGGCAGCGUGCGCUCGCGGAACGACGGCAUCAUGGAGGCUGGCUGCGUGGUUGCCGCGGUGAUCGAGAAUGCCGGCUUACAGCCUCGGGGGGAGCCAGGAAGUAGUCACGUCCUUGAGGGAAGUGUAGCACCGCUCAGUCAGCCGAAAAAUGACAAUGUCUUACCUCAAGCUUUCAGCAGCAGUCCUACAGACGAGAGACAAGCGCAGGAGAUACAGGCGCCGAGUGAUGACAUCACAGCCGAGCCCCUCCUGCGCUCCUGCGUCAGCACGGCGAGCAUGAAGGUCAAGAACAUGAAGAAGUUGACCUUCCCCAGAGGUCACUUCCCCCGCCUUGCCGAGUGUGCCCACUUCCAUUAUGAGAAUGCCGACUUUGGAAAAGUUGAGUUGGCCCUUGCAGAAGGGCAGAUUGAAGGACCAAAGGGGGCCCAAGACUCCAGAGAACUGCUCUUUCUGGUCCAGAUCACCUGCCAGGCUCGAAACUGGCUGGUGAAGAGAUCCUAUGAGGACUUCCGUGUUCUGGACAAACAUCUGCACUUGUGCAUCUAUGACCGCCGCUACUCGCACCUCACCGAGCUGCCUAAAUUCGACCCAGUGAAGGACACGGUCAAGUCAGUAACCAAGAUGUUGGCCACCUACUUGUCCCGCUUCUCCGUCAUUGCUGACAACAAGAUCAACUGUGGUCCAGUUCUCACGUGGAUGGAGAUCGACAACAAGGGGAAUCACCUGCUGGUGUCCGAGGAGGCGUCCAUCAACGUCCCUGCCAUCGCCGCUGCCCACGUCACCAAACGCUACACAGCCCAGGCCACUGACGAAUUGACCUUUGAGGUGGGGGACAUUGUUUCGGUCAUCGAUAUGCCUCCCAAAGAGGACACGGGCUGGUGGAGAGGAAAACACGGCUUUCAGGUUGGCUUCUUCCCAAGCGACUGUGUUGAACUGAUCAACGACAAGCUCCCUCCUAGUGUUCAAAGCUCCGUACCCAAACCAGUGUGUAAGAAGCACGGCAAGCUGGUCACCUUCCUGAGGUCCUUCAUGAAGUCGCGACCGCCGCCGCAGAAGCUUCGGCAGCGUGGCAUACUCAAGGAGCGAGUGUUUGGCUGUGACCUGGGCGAACACCUCCACAGCUCAGAAUACGAAGUCCCUCAGGUUGUCAAAAGCUGUGCCGAGUUCAUUGAAAAGCACGGUGUGGUGGACGGGAUCUACAGGUUGUCUGGAAUCUCAUCCAACAUCCAGAAACUCAGGCACGAGUUCGACUCUGAGCAGAUUCCCGACCUAAGCCGAGACGUCUUUCGACAGGACAUCCAUUCGGUGGGCUCCCUCUGCAAGCUGUACUUCCGAGAGCUUCCCAACCCUCUGCUCACCUACCAGCUGUAUGACAGGUUCUCAGAGGCAGUGUCUGCAGCCGCAGAUGAGGAGAGGCUGGUUAAAAUCCACAAUGUCAUCCAGCAGCUGCCUCCUCCACAUUACAGGACGCUGGAGUACCUCAUGAGACAUUUGUCCCGUCUGGCCACCUUUAGCUCCAGUACCAAUAUGCACACCAAGAACUUGGCCAUCGUGUGGGCACCAAACCUGCUAAGGUCCAGACAGAUCGAGUCGGCCUGCUUCAGCGGUACUGCGGCCUUCAUGGAGGUCCGCAUUCAGUCUGUGGUGGUGGAGUUCAUCCUCAACAACACCGAGGCGCUCUUCAGCACCAAGCUCAACGCCAUCAUACGGGAAAGCGCCGGCAACAACAGCUUAUCCCGACCCAAGUCCUUGCUGGUCUGCUCCCCGUCCACCAAACUGCUGUCUCUGGAGGAGGCCCAAGCUCGCAGUCUGGCUCAGCUGAGCUCCCCCGCCACCACGCCCUGCCUCAGCCACAGUGAUUACAUCGAGGUGGGGGAGGGUCCCGGGGCUCUGAUGGGCAAGUUCCAUACGGUCAUCGAGCUCCCACUGGAGAGUGUUAAACGGGUUCCCAGCAAGGCCAAAAAGUCUCCCGUGGGGAACUGGCUGUCCUUUUUCCACCUGGGAAAGUCUCACUCUGUGUCCAAGCGUAAACUGAAGCGACACCCCAGCGAGCCCAACGAAAUGAAGAGCAUCGCACUGCCGGGCGGGAGAGGUGACAGCGGUACAUUGCGCUCAGCAAAAAGUGAAGAAUCUCUCUCCUCUCUGCACAAUUUGGAAGGAGAGCCUCCAAAGUACCAGCAUCUGCGCCCCCGCUCCACCAGCGAGGCUGUGCCCGUAUCCGGCAGAGACGACUCGUGCAGGAUCAGAGGCAAACCUCCGUUCAGUCAGAACGGAGCGGAUGGACUUUCACCUCCACUGCAGGAAGACGACAUUGACCUGUACCCGCCUGUUGCCGGAAUGUCCUCCUUGGAUUUCGACCCCAUGUCCUUCCAGUGCAGCCUGGCCUCGGCGACUCCUCGGGCGCCGCGCAGCAAGGAGGGGCACAAAUUGAGGAGGGGUGACUCAGACGUCGCCACCUCACCGAUUGACGUCAGCAGCCCUCUGCACUUUCGAAAAGCGGAGAUACGCGAAGGUUUGAUGGCAGAAGGGAAGGAGCCCCGAGGGCCCUACCGACAUUGCAGCCCACGCAGUGUAGCGAGUCAAGCGUCAGCGCUACCAGACGCUGGACAAAACCUGCCUGAUCCAGGAGCAGAUAGACUUAUGAGUUCAGUGUCUAUUCUCCCUCCUCACCCUUCCCCGACGAGCGCCGCACGCAAGCUGGCGCUGGCGCUUGCCGACUCUGCGCAAAAGGCCAGCGAUGGCUCGCAGAGAAGAAGAAACCACUCGACUCGCCCUCUCCAAAGGCAGGAAGCUCAGGACAGGCCCGUGCGGCCGUCGGCCCUCGACCUCAAGGUUUACACGCGAGCUUACGCUGGCCCCUCCCAGUGGCAAACGCCGCCCCCCUUCCUGCUCCCGCACCUCGGCUUGCAGGCCGCCGACGGCCCGGAGAGUAACUUUACGCCUAACGUCAGCCCGCUCGGCUCAGGCAGCCUGGACUCCCGACAAGGCGACGCCACGCCAGAGGAGCCCUCCUAUCAAAGCGUGGGUGUCUCAACUCCCACCGAGGCCGUCUGCUCCCCGCACAGCUCCUUAACCUCCCCGGUAUACGCCAACGCUGACUCCAUCAACAUCUUUAACUUCCGCGCCGUUCUCGCCGAGACCUCCGUGCCCGCCUCCAUCGAUGAAGUCCUCCCGCGCCCUUUCCAGUCUCCGUCUUUCCGUAACUACGGCUACAGAGCGCCCGGCCCGCUCGACGACGUCUACCGCAACGUGUGCCGUCAGCCCCCGCGUCAGAGUCAAUCUGGAAGACUAGCUCGCUGCCUUCGACCCGACGCAAUGGCCCGCCACUUUUCGGGGCCGAGACGCGUGUACAGGCAGUCCUCGGAGAGCCGCUGCAGUUCCUCUGGUUUAGCGGAGCCCGUGUCUCCUCAAUACAGAAGCUACUAUCGAGGUGACCACUUAAUGGGCGCCGGCCAGCAACAACAAGACCACUGGCAGAAAUCCGAAGACUGUGUCGCCCUGCACCCUGCCAUCAGGAGGGCCCGCUCCUUCCACGCCCCGCAGAUUAGUCGCUAUGAGCUGGGCGCCGCCGACAUUCUGCCCCGUGACUUUUACUCUGAGCAGGAAGCAGGUUAUCAGAGGCUUUUUCAGCCCCACUUUGAUGACGUUCACUUACAACAAAUGCUCUAUAACCCCUACCCGGAGUUGAACUCGAGCGACGGCCCCCAAUAUCCUUUCGAUCCUUUCCAACGCAACAGUAUCCGCCACAGUCACCCUUAUAGGACAAGGACCUCCAAGCCCGAGUUCUAUUACUCCCCACGCCACUGCCACCCUUUGGAUAAGGAGCUGUUCAUGGACAGCGGGGACUCUCUGGUUUACCAAAAGCAGGAAAAUAAAAAACAUUGUCCGUCUUUUUACGGCAGUCCCGUCUCGCCAGCUGACUCGACGGGAAGAGAGAGAAUGCACAUAAGGAGUAGGUCGGAUCCAGGAAACGGGAUGCUUUCCGCAGAUAGAAACGAUAGCCAAACCGUUGUCAAAGCCACGUCGCCCACGUCGCAGCCGCCGCGUCGCGUCCUCGUGAAAGAGAGCCCCCCGCAGCACCGACGGCAGGCGCCGCUUCGUAAGAUCCCCUCGCUGCCCGAGAGGGCCUUGGCCGAGCCGGACGACAGAAGCCAAAUGGAUCCGUUAAAGAGAGCGAGAGCCGGCAUCCUCAGGAGGCCCGAGCGCUCGCAGAGCACCAGAGAGAAUCGCCAUCAGCACCAUCACCACAUCGUCAAAUCGCCUCUGGAUGCCCAGCACACCGGAUCCUUUUUCUCUCAGCCGAACAGAAGGACCCAGAGCACAAAAGUGCGGCCCGCCGAGUCCGACCACAUUUCAGGGGGCUUUUACGCCCCGCCCAGGCCCAACCCCCCGAGAUCCGCUAAAGCCGGGCCAGGGUACUCGCCAACCCAGGACGCGACCGCCUCCUCCUCCGCCGCUCCCCACGGACACAGGCUGCUGUCCAAGGCUCUGGCUCAGGAAGCUUUUUAUCAGUCGGCAGUCAGAACACACGCCGGCGUCCGUGAUUGACGCCCACAGCUUUUUUUGUCAAUGCACAUCGGGGCUAAGGGAGAGAAGAGCACUUUAUCCUCUGCCAGACCAGCCGACUGUGUUUUUAAGUCUUUUGGGGAACCUACCGGAGCUGCCCAAAGCAGCCGAUAAGGGUGGGGUGUGUGUGUGUGUGUGUGUAUGGGGGGGGCAUGCUGCUCAUGUCACCUUCACCAAUGAUUUUCAUUUAGAGCAGGGCUGUGGAACCUUUGGCCCAGAUGCGAACAAGCGGGUCAUAACAGAUUUUAAUGAACAUUUUUCACCUUUUAAAAAAAAAAAAAAAAAACCUUGAUUUGUCCCUAGUGACAAAAAUGGUCUCCCAAUUUUCCCUAGGACUCCCAUAAAAAUAUGAUUUUCCAUCUUCAUUGAUUCAAACCUUCAAAACUCAGUCAGAAUUAUAAAUAUUACAUUGUACAUUUUACAUUUAAAAUUACCCAAAUGUCCCCCAUGUUGAUUGUUAGUUUACCUCAGCAUUAAACAGACAUCAAAUUUGAAUGGUAUUUUGUUAAAUUGUUUUAUAAGCUGGAAAGCACAAAUUGGGUUGCAAAUAACUAAAGUAAAUGAAUUCUAAAAAAGGUCAACACAAAAUGUUUGCUUCAGUGGUUCAUAAUUUUCCCACAUAUACUACAGUUAUAACUAUAGUUGCACACACAACACAGAAAUAGAAACAAGUUGGCAGCGAGCCAGAAGAAAACCCUGUCAAAGGCAAAGACCGUUCAAAGUUUGGCAUCAUUUCACACUUAACACCGAAGUGCAAUAUCAAGUGCAAUGUGUACCACCACAACACGUCCAAAGGUACCUAAUAUAAUAUAAUAUAACCUCGCAUUACUAGUUGGAUCGUGUUGUAUUGCAAGUGGUGAAGGAUACACGCCGCCCUACAUUUUCAACCUAUAUCGGACCAUCUGUAAAUAAAAGACGUAAUAGGCACUUCACCACAUGAGCUGCCGAUGGCCACAAAUCCUGCCCUUAGCCACCAGCCAACCCUACAUUCUGAUUUGUUGACGUCCACAUCACUCACCGGGCUCUGCCCUUGAAAACUGUGCACACUCAAAAGUCACAGAUACUACAGUAGAACAUCAGGAAUGAUGACCCAUUCAUCCAUCCAUUUUCUUUGCCACUUAUCCUCAUGAGGGUCGCGGGAGUGCUGGAGCCUAUCCCAGCUGUCAACGGGCAGGAGGAAAGGUACAUCCUGAAUUGGUUGCCAGGCGAUCGCAGGGCACAUCAAGACAAACAGCCGCACUCACAAUCACACCUCGGGGCAAUUUCAAGUGUCCAAUUAAUGUUGCAUGUUUUUGGAAUUUGGGAGGAAACUGCAGUGCCCGGAGAAAACCCACGCAGGCAGGCAGAGAACACGCAAACUCCACACAGGCGGGGCCGGGAUCAAACCCGUGUCCUCAGAACUGUGAGGCCAACGCUUUACCAGCUGAACCACCGUUCCGCCACAAUGGUGACCCCAAGUGGGGAAAAAAAUACCUGCAACCCACAUGCACAUACAUUGUGAUUAAUAAUGAAAAAAACAAUUUUUAUCCAGAAACACAGUGAAGAACUCAUGAGCAGAUUUGUCUCAGAGUUCUGGGGACCGGGGAUCAAAUUCUGUUGUCGCCCAUACGGCCUUUCAAAUAUUCUACCCGUGCCUGCGUGGGUUUCGUCCCACAUUUCAAAAACAUGCAAUUGAAGACUAAAUUGCCCGUAGGUGUGAAAGUAAGUGCAAAUGGUUGAUGGUUUGUAUGCACGCUGCAAUUUUCUGGCAACCAGUUCAGGUUGUACCCCACCUUUUGCCCGAAGAUCGCUGGGAUAAGCUCCAGCAUGCCCGUGGCCCUUGUGAGGAUAAGCGGCUUGAAAAAUGGAUGGAUGCGUUUUUAUCCCAAUUACCCGAUAAAUAGUGGGAUAGUCGGAAUACUCUGAAAACAGUUUGAUUGCUGCAACCCAACACACAACUUUUGUGUUAUAUAAACAGCAUUAUCCAAUAUUAAUAGAGGCGCAGUUAUCAUUUUGGUAGUGAGGCAGCGUUGACAUUUUGUUGUUGUGGAAACGUUAACAGAAUAUGAUUCCAUUACUCCGAAACGUCAUAAACCCAAAAUGGUCUCUGACGGGACAAAGGUUCCCCCAUCUCUGCUGUCGUCUUUUCAGUUUAGUCAUAUUUGAGUUGCAUAAAACCCAAGGGAAGACAAGGUACAUUUUUGAUUAUUUGGAUUUCAUGAAUGUAUAUAGAACAACGUUUUUGUGUGCGCGUGUGGGCGUCUUGCUGUGUUUUGUACAGUGACACGCAGCUAGCUAAAAACGUGGCCAAUGUACUGUCCGUACUACCCGCGACAUUGCAGUCAGCUCAGACUGGAAGCACUUUGUAGGAAAACACGUCGUCUUAACGAUGCAUUCGCGUGACGUGUACUUCAAACCUCUUGAUAGAAAAACAUUUGAUAUAUUUUUCUGUGUGCAAACAAAAAUACUCGCUCGCCCGCUCGGAAUCGUCGUAAAUGCAAACAUGAGCACUUUUUUGGGAAAAAAAAAAAUGGGAAUCAACCUCAUCCCGAUUGUUCACUUCUUUGAUGUUUUACGAGCUCAUUAAGCUUUGGUAUAUACGCUCUCUACCUUCGAUUGACAGCUCGCCUUGUGAGAAAAGUCUAUUUUUGUCUGUUGCUGUUUGGUCCCAAUAAUGGUGGAAGAGUGAUUAUUAAUUAUUAUUCCAAAAAUGUUUGACUCAUUUAAGUUGAAAUGUAGAGGAGUUUAUUGUAAUAAGACAUUCCAUUUUAAUGCUUGUCUUAAAAGAGAGAAUAAAUAUA